CGCCAACAACGGACAAGUUUUCAAAAAUAGAUUUUGAAACGCUGAUUUAAGAAAUAAAGGAAGCUAUUUCAGCCAGGAUAAUUUUGUGGUUAAGCAUGUUUCAUACAGCAAACUGGAACUUAUGUGUUAUCGGUAUCAUUUAUCUAAUACCAAGUGCAACUGCCUAUACCCGGGAAAUUGUAAACGAUAAGCCACCACUGCAGGAGAGACCACCGUGGUUACAAACCUGUAAGCGCUCCAAUCCCAAUGAGAACAAAUGCUUCCGCCAAUUGUUUGAGGGCUGCUUUCCUGCACUGGCCGCUGGCAUACCAGAGAUUGGUGUGAAGAGCUUCGAGCCGCUGAACAUUGAUCAGGUAUCUGUUUCGAAGGGCAGCGGAAAUUUGGUUCUUUCCGGCGGCUUUCAAAAUCUUGUCAUACGUGGACCCUCAAAUGCGACAGUCCGGCGUGCAAGUUUGGAUCUGGCGCGACGUCAGCUAAAUUUUGAGCUGGAGCUACCACGCCUGCGCAUAAGAGCAAAAUACAAUCUAAAGGGUAACAUACUGCUCUUGCCUCUGGUUGGCAGUGGAGAUGUAGCCAUGGCGCUGAAAAAUGUGCAUACAGCCGUCUACACAAAGAUCUCGCUCCACAAUGAGACCCUAACUGGGGAUGAGAUAAUACAUAUCGAUGAGAUGAAAGUUAACUUUCAGGUGGGCGCCAUGCGCAUUCAUUUAAAGAAUCUAUUCAACGGCAACGAGAUCUUGGCCGCGUCCAUUAAUGCGUUCCUCAAUCAGAACGGUAACGAAGUCAUAGCAGAGCUGCGACCUGAUUUAGAGCUGGGGCUAGCCGAUAUUUUUCAUGGCCUGUGGAACAAUGUGUUCUCCAAGAUGCCCACCAAGCUGUGGCUGCUCUGAGAACAUGAGCCACA